CAUAGCCCCACCAACCACCCUCGCUCGCUCACCACUGUCCUGCCCUCCAAGCCCAUCCAUCAAGAACCGCGAUAAAGACCCUGAUUGAUGCCAAAAGCUGAAUAGAUCCCCUCUUGAGCUUAACCAACUGUCGAAACACUUCAAAGGCAAAUCCCGGCGAGCGCUCUCACCGACCAGUUACCUAGCUCCUCCCACCAGCUCAUUGCAUCCCCACGUCCGCCUCCCAACCUUCCACGAACAACCACCUCCCCGCAACCACAACCGUAAUCACAAACAACAUGGCGUCCUGGUUCGGCGCUUCUAACUCAAAUCUGGACGAGCAGGUGGAGAAAGCUACAUCGUCCAGUCUAGAGGAUAUCGCCCUGAACCUGGAGAUUUCCGAUAUCAUUCGCAGCAAGACGGUGCAGCCGAAGGAAGCUAUGCGAUCGCUGAAGAAGCGGAUAGGUCACAAGAAUCCAAACGUUCAGCUGGCCGCUCUCGGGCUCACCGAUACCUGCGUAAAGAAUGGUGGUAGCCACUUUCUGGUCGAGAUCGCUUCCCGCGAGUUUAUGGACAACUUGGUUUCAUUGUUGCGAGCACCCGGUGCCGUAAACCCAGAAGUCAGGGCAAAGAUGCUGGAGUUGAUCCAACUUUGGGCCUCGGUGUUCGAGGGAAACUCCAGUUUGUCAUACGCGGGAGAUGUUUACCGGCUGUUGAAGAGUGAGGGAUUUGACUUCCCUCCGCCCACAAGAGUCUCGUCCACUUUCAUAGACUCUUCAGCUCCACCGGACUGGUCUGACGCCGAUGUGUGCAUGCGAUGUCGAACCACUUUCACGUUCACCAACCGCAAACAUCACUGUCGAAACUGCGGUAGCGUCUUCUGCGGAGCCUGCUCAUCGAAAUCGAUACCCCUUCCUCACAUCGGCAUCGUUCAACCGGUCAGAGUGUGUGAUGGAUGCCAUACGAAACUGACCGAACGGAAGCUACCUCCAAAACUUCAACACCCAAGGGUUCCGUCCAUCAAGAGGGUUAUGGCUGCACCCAUGAUGCAGCCGAGGAACCCCAGGGUGGAGCAGGACGAUGAUGAGGACUUGAAGAAAGCGCUUCAAAUGUCGUUGGACGACAUGAAGGGUGGCGGCGGCUAUGUACCGCAUCCCCAGCAGCAUCAGAAGCAUCAAACUCAAUAUCAACAGCCCACGAAAGUACCAGAGAGCACACCGGUAAAGAGCACACCUGCCCCGGUAGCGGCCACCGACGACGAAGAUGAAGAACUCAAGGCAGCGAUCGCGGCGAGUCUGCGUGAUAUGGAAGAACAGAAAGCGAAGGCAACGUGGUCGAUGCCUUCGGCUUCAGCCAGUAGCGCGGCGGCAGGCACUCCUGCCAGGAUCGAGCGACCCGAUCACGAGUUGAGUCCUGCGGAGGCCGAAAACAUCAGCUUAUUCGCAACUCUGGUGGAUCGUUUACAAACACAACCACCAGGCACAAUCUUGCGGGAACCCCAAAUACAAGAGUUGUACGAGAGCAUCGGCGCGCUGCGACCCAAGUUGGCUAGGACGUUCGGCGAGACGAUGAGCAGAUAUGAAACCCUAUGUGAUCUCCACGCGAAGCUUGGAACAGUCGUCAGGUAUUACGACAGAAUGCUGGAAGAGCGGAUGAGCUACACAUAUGGUCGCCACGGAUUGGGUGGAACGAUCCCCCAAGCUGCCUACCAAUCCCCUCCUCUCACGAAUAAUCCGUAUCCGUCAAUACCUCCGGCCGAGAGUUUCUAUGGCGGAGGACCUUCGCAUCCGGCGGCGACGGCAACACCAGUAUCGCCGCAGAGCCCGGCAAUGGGCCCAACACAGCCCCAAUAUGGCAACUACUACUCCCAACCGCCACAAUUUGACCCCUCGAAUGCGAAUUACGCCGGUGCGCCGCAGUACCAACAGUAUGGCGGUUACAAUGCGCCAGCAACCCCGCAGCACCACACAGAAACAUCGCAGACACCAGGUGCACCUCCGGCCAACAUGCCACCACCCCACCUUCCCCCGUCUAGCCAGACCAGCACUAUCGCAGACCCCAACCAACAACAGCAGCAGUCCUCCCAACUGCCCUCGCAGGCACCCUCGGCUCCUUCCGCUUGGCAGUAUCAGCCUUCUACUCCCGGUACGGAGACUCAGCCCCAAUACUCGUACCCUCCUCCACCCCAGGAAGUGCACCAUGUUCCGCCUCCCCAGGCAGCAGCAUAUCCGCAGCACGUUUCCUCACCACAACACGGAUAUCCCCCCCAGAACUCGACAUACCCCUCUGUCGAACAAAGGGACUAUCCCAUAGUGCCAAACCACCAACCGCAACCCAGGGCGGUGGUCGAGGAGAGCUUGAUCGAGUUGUAGACUAUUAUUUUUCUUUUUUUCUUUCUUUCUGUGCGUUCUGAUGUUGGUUGUUUGUGUUGGAGACGACUGGGGAUUUGGAAUUCAAGUGGGCCCUUCUAGUUAGUAUCAUGGUAAUGGCAUCGCAUGACUUGGACGGCUGUGGUUGUACAACGCAUUUGAAAAUGCCAUGUAUUCACCAUGUGGGCUCGAGUUAGGUGAGAAAACGAUUUCUCGAUGACCUGUAAUAUAUAUUACGAGAAGCUUUUUUUCCGAG